GCAAGAAAAGUGACGUCAUUUUUCACAUGACUAGCUACUUCCGGGAUUUCCCGGCGAGUCGGAGCACGAACUCAAAAUGGCGGCCAACUCGAACGGCGAUGCCAACUCUGCUCUCCAACACGCGCGUUCAACGUCUCAGGAGAUCCCUGACCCAGGUUGUAGCAGACUGUGCUGUUGCAUGCGCAUACAGAAAUGUACGGAACUGAGGGAAGGCUUGUAUGAACAGCGGUUCUCGACACUCGACGUCCUGUGGACAGUCGGAGGCAUCCUGACGUUUGUUUGGGACAUCGGGUCAGACAUUGCUUUGGCUUGCAUGUACUGGAGUAAAAAGCGGUACUAUUUCUUCGGCUUUACCCUGUUCUUCGUUGCCUUACCGUCUAUCGUGCUGCAGUUGUUCAGUCUGAAGUGGUACCUCCAAGACGAAAGCCGAGACGCAGAAGAAGAAAGCGAUGAUCAGAGAGGGAGGGUGGCCAGGAAGAAACCGGCUAUCCUGAGCUGGCUCUGGCGGAGUUUUCUCCACUUUCUACAGCUCGGGACAAUUGUCAGGUACAUCCGCACCCUGAAGUACGGUUGUGAGAGCCAGCAGGAGCGGGAGAGGUACCAGUAUGUGGUGUAUGAGUGGGCGGACGUCUGCAUGCUGCGACUGUUCGAGGCUUUCCUGGAGUCUGCACCUCAGCUCACCCUACAGCUCUACAUCAUGGCACAUGAGGAGGAGAAAGACCUGCUCACAAUCGUCACAUGUGCAGCUAGUCUGGUAUCCCUGGCCUGGGCUUUAGUGGCGUACCACAAGGCGCUACGGGAGGUUCGCCCGGACAAGAAGAACCUGUCAUUCACUGGAGUGGCUCUUCGGAUGAUGUGGAGGUUAUUUGAGGUCGUAGCUCGUGUUGUGGCCCUGUCCCUGUUUGCCACCAAGUUUGAGUGGGUCAUGUUUGUGGUGGUCGGUGCGCACUUCAUCCUCAUGUUCCUGUGGCUGCUGUGGCAGGACACCAAGUUCUGUGACAACCGCGGUGAAGAGUGGGUCUUUGACUUCGUCAUGGCCAUCGUCCAUGUCUUCUGCUGGUUCAAUGUGAAGGAGGGCCGGACUCGGUACCGUGCCUCUGCCUUCUACACCUUCAUGUACCUGGAGAACGCGGUGCUGAUAGGACUGUGGUACUGGAAGGUUCUGGAUGAGGAGGUGUUGUACAAGUACGCCGCGCUGGUCCUGGUGCUGGGAGGAUUCCUGGCAGGGAUCAUCAUCAUGAUGCUGUACUACCUGUUCUUCCAUCCUAACGGAGGAGUCCGUUGUUGUGUGGAGGAGGCAGAAGAGGUGGAUUCUCCCAUGUACCAGACAGCGAUCGAGUCGGGACACCCUGCCCCUCCAUGGGACGAGGUGGACGGGACACAGGCAGACGAGCGAAGCAUGCUGAGGAGGACUGUUGUCCGGAUGAAGCAGCGGACAGGCACGCCAAUGAAGUUCGCUCCGUCACACGUAUCUAGGAUGGCCAAUCGGGAAAAGCUGGACCUGACCUUCGUACAUCGCUGGAGGGUGAGGAAUAAUGAUUACCUACUAUCAAACUUUACAAACAGUACAGAUACAAAUGAGGAUAUCGAGAUGGAACGAAGGAUGUCUAACUGUCCCCCAUUACACAGGGGAGGAGGAGAAGCUUGCCAGUUACUGAGGACAGCUUCACAGACCAGUUUGCCCAGAGAAAACAAAGGGCUGUCUAAGUCUAGAAGUUCCCAUUCCCAGUUUUCAACUGAAAAAGAAAGUUGUGUGUAGGUAUACAUGAUUUAGCCUUAUUAAAGGAUAAGCUUUUCUGCUGCCCAGAAAGUUUGGACGUCUUUUUGAAGGAAUGCAUUCUGGGCUUCCCCAUUCCAGUUCAUGUCUUUUUUGUACAUGUAAAAAUUGCAGGAUUUACCUGAUAGUACAAAAGUGUUAUUGGUUGUACUUAAUAGUACAUCUACAAUGCUAAAGUUGUUUGUACAUGUAUGUAGCUGCUGAUUGUUGUGUGUAGCCAAUGAUGAUUGUAUGUUACAUCUUCUAAUUGUUAUGUGUAGCCACUGAUGAUUGUAUGUACAUGUAGCUGCUGAUGGUUGUGUAUAGCUGAUGACGGUUGUGUGUAGCUGCUGCUGAUUGUGUGUAGCUGCUGCUGAUUGUGUGUAGCUUUUGAUAAUUGUGUGUAGCUCACAAUGUUUAUGUCAUUCCCCAUGAAAGGUAAAGAUGCAUGGUUACCACUUAUGAGUAUGGAAAACCCUUGACAAAUUGAUACCUCUGAAACUAUCCUCCACAUCUUUGGACCAUGGAGGUAGUACAGUUUGGACCUAGAAGCAUCUAAAUCUUUAGACCUGCAGUUAAAAUGCGGUUUUUGGAUGUUUCCUUUUUUACAUUGCUAUUGCCCUGAUUUGGGGUUGUAAAUAGCCUUUGUGUUCCCAUGUCUACCUCAUCUACAUAUAGCUUAGGUCUGUCUUCAAAUAUGCAAGAACAAAAGAGGGAAUAAAGAAUGCGUUUAGUGUUGUCAAUGGUGGUACAAUGUACUGCUAAAAGUACAGGAAUGAGAACUGAAAGUGGACCUAAGCCAUAGCAGUGCUGUUUAAGAAAUAGUGUAUGUCCGAAAAUAUGUUAGAGUUGGUUUCAGUUUUUUGUUUACCUUUAAGUAGUGGGUCGGGCAUUGCCAGAUUUUAAGUAUUCAAAACUUUUAAUUGGAUUUUAUGUGCAAUCUUUGUUACAUUGUUUGGCUAGACACCUUUUUUGCUGUGUUAAUAUGAAGACAUGUAUCUAGUGUUAAGCGCUAGCUGUACUAUGGAGUUCAAAGGCUGUGAGGAGAUUGAUUAAGUUCAUUGAAGUUUGAUGUUUAACUUUUAAGGUGGGCCUAGAGUGCUGCCAGUGCAUCACUUGAGCAAUAAGUACUUAAGAGGGUGCUUCCCAUAACUUCUAAUAUGUUUAAGUUCAUCUGGUUUAUUAGAAGUAGUUGUGUGUAUUACAGUAAUGCCAUAAGCAAACACUUGGUCCAUUUGUACUUGGAAUUUCACUGCCUAGAGGUACGGUGUUGCUACUCUAUGUGCAUACAUGUGUAUAGGGAUCGGCAUAACACUAACUUUGUAAUAACUUCUUGAGCUGUAGAUGCCAUCUGCACCACAUCUUUAGUGUACUUUUAAAGUUGUUCUUACUUUGAAUCACACAUUCAAGAUUUGUGCCAUGUUUUAGCAUUAGUAUAACUGUAUAGCAGAUGGGAUAAGUGACUGUGGUUGCACAAAUACAGUCAGGAUUAGCAAUAAGACAUUUGGAUGUGGAAAAUUAAGCCGCGUAGAAUGAAGUUAUGUUUGAAACCCUGACAACAUGCAAUUUUUAUGUGUUUUUAUUUCUCAUAUUCAUCACAGGCAAUGGUAGGGCAUAACUUGAUAUUUCUGUAUCGGUAUAGCCGGUAUAACUGCCCUUCGGCAUAACACACCAUCUUCAAGAUAUUGCAUAGCAUUAGCCAUUCAUAAUAGACUGAUUUUGCUGCCAUAGAUUAGUCCAUGAGA